AUGAAGUGUUCAAGUUUAUUAAUAAGAAGAUUUCCUUUAAAUAUUAUGAAGAUGGAAUUAUCUAAUGUAGAAGUUAGUAAACAAUGUAUCAAAGAAGGACAAGCAGAAAUACGCCUGACGUCCGAAAAAGUUUUUUACAACCCUGUGCAAGAGUUCAACAGGGAUUUAAGUAUAGCAGUAUUGAGUGUAUUUGCAGAGGAUUAUAAAGCAGAAAAACUCGCAAAAACUCAGAAGAAACCAAACAAUCUCACGAAUAAUAUUGUUAAAGAUGUUGAAGGCAGUGGAGGUAAUUCUGAGGUCCCAGUAACAAUCCUAGAAGCUUUAUCAGCAACAGGACUUCGAAGCAUUCGAUAUGCAAAAGAAGUUCCAAGUAUAACUAAAAUAAUAGCUAAUGAUAUAUCUGAAGAAGCCGUAGAGACCAUAAAGUCAAAUAUUGUGCAUAAUGGAGUUGAAGACUUAAUUGAGACAAGCCAUGAUGAUGCUUGCAUGCUUAUGUAUAAGCAUAAAAGCUCAGCAAAGAGGUUUGCAGCUAUUGAUCUUGAUCCUUAUGGCUGUCCUUCCAUAUUCCUUGACUCAGCUGUACAAAGUGUCCAGGAAGGAGGCCUAUUACUUGUAACAGCAACAGACAUGGCAGUCCUAGCAGGAAAUUCCCCAGAAACUUGCUAUUGCAAAUAUGGAGCAGUUAGUUUGAGAACAAGAUGUGUUCAUGAAAUGGCAUUAAGAAUAUUAUUACAAAGCAUAGAGAAACAUGCAAAUAGAUACAGCAGGUACACAGUACCAUUAAUGAGUAUAUCAGCUGAUUUUUAUAUUAGAGUUUUUGUAAAAGUUUACUCCGGAGCUAUACACUGCAAAAAAACUACUAGUAAACUGUCUAUGGUGUACCAUUGUGUAGGCUGUGGAAAUACUACCCUGCAACCACUAGGUGGUUUUAAACCUAACCCCACUGAGGCAAACCCACAUCAAAUGAAAUCUUUUCUGCCCAUGGCACCACCUGUUGGAGAAUUUUGUGAGCAUUGUGACCAAAGACAUCAUUUGGGAGGGCCUAUCUGGUCAGCACCAAUGCAUGAUGAAUUGUUCGUCACCAAAGUCCUGUCAUAUGUGCAACGCAAUCCUCAUCUAUUUGGUACAGCAAAACGUAUGCAGGGUGUGUUGUCUAUGGUCAGAGAGGAGCUACAGGAUGUUCCGCUGUACUUUACAUUGGAUAAGUUAUUUGGGAGAGUUCAUUUGGAAACAAUGCCCAUGUUGGUUAUGAGAUCAGCAAUCUUGAACGCAGGCUAUAAAGUAUCGUUUUCUCACGCUGCGAAGCUCUCCGUCAAAACAUCCGCGCCUGCGCAACUCAUAUGGGACAUUAUACGUACAUGGGAGAAGACACAUCCAGUAAAACCUGCUAAGAUGAAAUCUGAUUUAGUCGCCAAAGCAAUUUUGACUCGGCCAAUCAAGAAUACAGUGGAUUUGAGUGAACGUCCCGAUGCAAAUCCAAGAAGUAGAAGAGACGGACAAUUGCGUUUUCAGUUCAAUCCCACUCCGCACUGGGGGCCUGGGUCCCGGGCUGUUGUGAAUGUUGGUGAAGAAAACAUGUCUAAAGCUAUACGUAAUCAGAACAAGAACACAAAUAAGCAGAAGCGCAUGGACAAGCGCGGACACUCGCCCACUAGUGACGAAGAGUCGCGGAAAAAACUAAAUGCUGAAUCUGAGUCUACAUGUAUU